AUGUACGGUUCAUGUGUCGCAGUGGUCUAUUCUUGUGAUCUGGUUGUUCCUCUGGGAGGUUCAGUUCUUCUGCCCUGGUUUAAUAAAGAACCCUUUGAAGGAGAAAUAAAGAAGGUGGAAUGGAGUAAAUCAGGAUUAGAGAAACCAGUGUUUGUGUAUCAAGAUGGAGAUAUUAGACCAGAGGUCCAGCAUGAGGAUUAUCAUGAUCGAGCUCAUUUCAUCUCUGACGAUAUUAAACAUGGAAACUUCUCCCUACUGUUGAAGAAUGUGAGACAAGAAGAUAAAGGAGAAUACACAUGUGAAGUCUACAGACGAAAUAGAUAUGAUGUGUUAUCAGUCAGCACAAAACUGGAACCAAGACUACUAGAUUCAGGUUUCCUUCUUCAGAUGUUGCUGGUCUUCUGUCCAAAUAUCAUCAUGUGUUUUGCUUUUGUCUUCUGGGGUGUUUCUGAAGGAUCUGUGAGUGAGACGGUCUGCUGUUGUGCUCUUUAUAUUCUCAGACCUCUCCUGUUACUCUGGACGGCUCCAUAUAUGAAUGACUUUAAAGACAGAAAUAAAACACUGAUACAGAAGUACACUUAUGUUGCAGACUAUUUUGUUUUGACAGCUGUUGUUUAUUCAGGUCUUUUCGCAAAUACUUGGCAGAAACUUCUGAAUUUAGCAGUAUUUGACAGAGUCUUGAUAAUAUUCCUCUAUGUUGUCAUGUUUGUGUGCUGCACCUGUAAAGUGGUUUACAUUUUAGCUGCAGAGGUUGGAAACAGAAGUGGAACAAUAAUUAAAAUAGUUGAUAUUGUUGCUGAUUUUACCUUUGAAAUUCUGCCGACAUUACAAUUCAUUCUUCUGUUCUACACAUUUGCAUCCAGAGGAGGAUUCAUCAUUGUUGCCAUUUUACCAGUUUUACUAACACUGACGAAUGAAAGAAUGUUUCUUAAAUGUUAUCGACACUUCCGCUGGUCAUUUGAGCUCUUGAGAACAGUGAUGCUCCUCGUCACAUUAUUGAUUAAUGCACUUAUGAUCGGCUAUUUCAUCUUUACACUGGAAAAUAAAACAGAUUUUCAUCGUUUUGUCUCUCUGUAUGUGUUUGGAUCAGUUGGUGUUGUUUUAAUCGGCGCUUUUGUUCUGAUAACAGAACUGAUACUGAAAACAGUUAAUGGCGAGCGUGCAGUGAUGGAUCUGAGAUUUAUUCUCUUUCCCUCUGAAUGUUUCUUCUUAUUGUCUGUGAUGAUUUCUGGACAACUUUCAUCCAAGAUUCAAGCGUGUCUGAAGUCUUGUCAGACGAGAAUGAGAACUUUAGCCAACAGAUCACAGCAGGACCAGAAUCAACAUUCACCGGAGCAGCAGGAUCAGGUGAGUCGCCAGCUACUGGAUCAGACCAACAAAACAGAACUGAAACCUCUCAUGAAGAAUAAAGAUCAUGACACACGAGGACGUAAAGUUACAGAAGAAACUCAGCGUUCAGUGUCAGUGAUCUCACAAACAUGACAGAAGAUCUUUCAUAAACACUGUUAGAUCUCUGAGAUGAACUUUUCAAACAUUAUGGAGGUCACUGUAUAUUAUCAGAGUUCAUGGUUUGAGUCUCAAGUUCACAGUGAUGUCAGGACAGUAUUGUACAGGAUCAAUAAAUCUUCAGUUUCUGGAUCAUUUCCACCCAUACUGAUCAUUUCAGUGAGAGAUUAUUAAUAUUGUAAAUAUUUAAGCAUGUGU